AUGAAAGCUGCUCGGGCAGUGCGGGUGCCCCGCACACAGGUUACCAGCCGCGUCAACACUCGACUUGUCAGCGGUACUGGCAACGUCAAGUCUUCUGUUGCAGCAAGCGAUGUCUGGCAGCCACUCUCGCCAGCGGCAACGCCACGCAAGGCGUUGAACGCUCCUCUUUCCAAGCUUCCCUUAUCGUCUGUCUUGCGCUCGCUAUUGGUGUUAUCGGUCUCAUCCUCUCCACUCUUGCUCAAGCCCUGCAUCUACACUCUUUCAUUGUUGGCGCACCCUCGCUCCGCAUUAUGGGAUGUCUCCAAGAACCCAUUGCUGAACUUCAUGGUGAAGCAUACCAUUUACAAGCAAUUCAACGCCGGAGAAAACAAAGUUGAGGUUCAGAAGUCUAUUCAGAGUAUCAAGGAUUUAGGAUGUCGAGGUGUGUUGCUUGGCUAUGCUCGGGAGGUCUUGGUUGGGGAGAACGACGAUGCCGCAUAUGACGCGAAGGCUGCGCUUGCUGAGAUCCAAAUGUGGUUUGAUGGCACUAUGCGCACAGUUGAUAUGGCUCAGGAGGGAGACUUUGUUGCUCUCAAAUUCACCGGCAUGGGUACCGAUGCUCUUCGCCUCCUCCAGAAGCAAGCUCCUCCAACUGAAUUCAUGAACACUUCUAUCCAGAAAGUGUGCGACUUGGCAAUCUCUCGCGGUGUUCGUUUGCUCGUCGAUGCCGAAGAGCAGGCUGUCCAGCCUGGUAUUGAGGCAUGGAUCAUGAAAUACCAAAAGUACUGCAACUCACAGACCCCGGGCCGCGCCAUCUUCUACGGUACCUACCAGGGAUAUCUUCGGUCAACCCCUGCUACUCUGGCGCGUCAUCUUGAGAUUUCUCGUAGCGAGGGCUACACAUUGGGUGUCAAGCUGGUUCGCGGUGCUUACAUGAAGACGGAACCUCGCCACUUGAUUUGGGACAAGAAAGAAGAGACCGACCAGUGCUACGAUGAGGUUGUCGAGGCUCUCUUGACUCGCAAGUAUAACUCUAUGCUGCAGCACCCCUCGAAGGACUCGUCUCUCACCUUGCCACCUGUUAACGUGAUCAUCGCCACUCACAACCGCGAAUCCGUGCGCAAGGCUCAUGCGAUCCGUGUGCAGCAGGCUGCCCGUGGAGAAGACUAUGGUGUUGAUCUGAGCUACGCACAACUGCAGGGAAUGGCUGACGAAGUCAGCUGUGAACUUCUUCAGGGCUUCGAGAGUGCCGAGGCCAGCGUAGGUGUGACACCUAUGGCGGCACCCAACGUUUUCAAGCUUUUGACUUGGGGUUCGGUCAAGGAGUGUAUGGGUUUCCUCUUGCGCCGUGCCAUUGAGAACACCGAGGCUGUUGGACGGACCAAGGACUCUCAGCUGGCUAUGAUCAGUGAAUUGAAGCGCCGGAUAAUUGGCGACAGCAAAUAG